GUAGGGACGUUGGUUCCCUGUGCUGGAAAUAACGUUCCCUGUAGAGUUCCAGUGGCAGUGACAACAUUACUCACCUCGGCUCAGGGAGUACACGGGUGCCUCAAAACACACCAACAGUAUCCUCGGAGCUGCUUUCGAUAAGCCAUGGCCCAAGACAAGAAAAAACAAAAAGAUGCAGUGAAGCAGGCUCAGGUGGUAGACAAGGAUGAACACCAGAAAACUAAGGAAUCCAAGAAAAUACAAACGUUCCUGAUAACAGUUCCAGCUGCCAAGAAGAAGUUUGCAGAUAUCCCAGAUAAGACAAAGUCAGAUCCAAAUUACUGUGAUACCUCAGAGGGACCCUUUGGUUUCGGCCCUCUCGUUUUCUCUUGUUUACAGCGUUUCAACACCAUUGAGUUCUUCCUGAUUUCGUGCUUUAUUGUGAUCUUGGCUCAUGGUAUGAUGUUUGCUCUUAUUGAUAUGAGUUUAAAACUAUUUGAGACUCAAUUUCAAGCAACAAACUUAGAGACAUUCCUAAUGGAUUUUAGUGAUUAUUUUACCUCUUUCUUGGUAUCAAUAUUUGUAGCACACUUUGGAGGUAGAGGGAAUAGGGCAAAAUGGGUGGCAGCUGGAAGCAUUGUAACAGCACUUUCUGCAAUUGCUUUUUUUCUUCCAUUUUUUUAUUAUGAAAUCAUAAAACUGGCCAAAGUAAAAGAUGAUUUGUGUGAUGAAGGAAAAAUCCCUAAAGUUUGUGGGACAAGUGUAAUUCCGAACAAAUCAAUAUGUAUCUCUCUCUUCAUCAUCGGGCAAUGUCUCCAUGGAGUAGCAGGGAUAACAGUUCAGCUGCUUUCCAUAACCUAUAUUUUUGACCACGUUCCCACAUUUUCAUCUGGAUUAUAUUUAG